GUUUAACAACUUUAUCUCUGCCUCCCCUCUUUCACCUUCACCCUUUCAAGGCAAACAUCAUAAUUUCUCUCUGUUUCAUUCAUCCAUUGCUCUUCACUUCCAUCUUAUAUCAGUAUAUUAGGAAUAGUCCUCACUUCAAUUUUGUUUUAUUUAGUGUGUCAAGAUUACUGUCUUUGAAAGUGUGAUGUUAAGUUUCUUUUUCUCGUCUGUUUUUCUUGAGUUCGAUAAAUGGUGUCUGUAAACAGUUCAAGAACUUGGGCACCUCCACAUAUGAGCACAAGGGAUUGUUCUCAAGGAUUCUGCAGUUUAUACUGCCCACAAUGGUGUUAUACAAUCUUCCCCCCUCCACCUCCAUUUGACUUCCCAGCUGAUGAUGAUUCUGGUCCAAAUUUCUCUCCUCUAGUUAUCGGGAUCAUCGGAAUUCUUACUAGUGCUUUCCUUCUAGUUAGCUACUAUGUCAUAAUGUCAAAAUGCUGUGGACACAGGAUUGGUUUAAGAAGUAGGGAGAAUCAUCUUAAUGAUUCAGAACUAGAAGAGAAUGAUCCUUCAAAUCAUGAAGCAUGGAAUGUGAACACAACAGGUUUAGACGAAUCUCUGAUCAAGUCAAUUAUGGUGUUUAAGUACAAGAAAGGAAGUGGAUUAGCUGAGGGAACUGAUUGUUCUGUUUGUCUGAGUGAAUUUCUAGAUGAUGAAAGCCUUAGACUUUUACCAAAAUGUAGCCAUGCUUUCCAUGUGACAUGCAUCGAUACAUGGCUGAAAUCUCACUCCAAUUGCCCUCUCUGUCGCUCUAAUAUAGUGUUUGUAACUGCUGCACCACCUCCAUUACCUCCUCCAGCUAUCGAACCUCCUUUGAUGAAUGAGAGAACCUCUGAAAACCAACCUGAAAAUGAUAUAGAAAUGGGGGUCAGAGAGGAAGAUGAUGAAGAAGAAGUUGUAGAAAGUAGAGUUCCUUCCAAGAGGCUAAUAACACAAAAUAUGAAUCUACUAAUAAGAAGAUCAGUAUCAAUGGAUCAAGUGUCGCGAGGUGUUUUAUCUAUAGCUGAUAUACUAAAGAUUGAUCACGAUGAAGAUUGUGAAAUGGGGAAUUGCCCGUUUCACGAUAGAGAUGUUGGAACAUCAAGACAAGAAGUAGGGGAAGAAGAAGAAGUAAACACCUUACCACAUUGUGUGCCAACUCCUAUGGGGAUGAAGAGAUCUUUUUCCAGUGGGAGAUUCAUGUUCCCUAAACGCGGAAGAGGACAAAACAUGAUCAUCCCAUUGUGAAAUUUGCUUUGACUACAGAAUCAUGCAUGUCUGUCAGAUUGAAUUGGAUGAUCAGGCCGAGGCUGCUCCC